AUGAGAACUGCUAGUGUUUUGUGUGCUUUGGCUGGUUGCGCGUCCGCUUUAAGCGUUCAAAAUAAGUUACCAGGAAGAACUGCCUUGGAUAAAGCAAUUGACGCUUUAGGGUUAAGUUCAUCUGAUGUUUUAAGCUCUCUUCCUAACCAUUUGAAGACCGCUUGGAACGAAAUGGGGAUGUUGUUCCCACAAGAAGCUGGUCAAUUGGAGUUUUUAUCCAAACCAAGAGGUAAGAUUACCAAGCACGAUAAGUGGGAUUACGUGGUGAAACCAGAGAGUUUCGUUUCUACUGCAAACGUUAACAACGAUAACGUUGGGAACUACCAAUUGCGUGUGAAGAAGAUUAAGGACCCUAAGGUCUUGGGUGUGGACCCAGAUGUUAAGCAAUACUCUGGUUAUUUGGACGUUGAAGAUGAGGAUAAGCAUUUCUUUUAUUGGUUCUUUGAAUCCAGAAACGAUCCAAAGAAUGACCCUAUCAUUCUUUGGUUGAACGGUGGCCCUGGUUGUUCUUCUUUGACCGGUUUGUUCUUCGAAUUGGGUCCAUCUUCUGUUGGUGAAGAGAUUAAACCAAUUUACAACCCACAUUCUUGGAAUAGUAACGCUUCUGUGAUCUUUUUGGAUCAACCAGUUAACGUUGGUUACUCUUAUUCUUCCUCUGAAGGUGUCUCAAACACCGUUGCUGCCGGUAAAGACGUUUACGCAUUCUUGCAAUUGUUCUUCCAACAAUUCCCAGAGUACGCAUCGGGCCAAGAUUUCCAUAUCGCUGGUGAAUCUUAUGCUGGUCAUUAUAUCCCAGUGUUCGCUACUGAAAUUUUAUCUCAUCCAACUGAAGAACGUUCUUUCAACUUGACUUCUGUUCUUAUCGGUAACGGUCUAACCGAUCCAUUAAGCCAAUAUCCAUACUACGAACCAAUGGCUUGUGGUGAAGGUGGUGAACCAUCCGUAUUGGAACCAGAACAAUGUGACAAUAUGUUGGAAACUUUACCAAGAUGUCUAAACUUGAUCCAAUCCUGUUACGAAUACGAAUCCGUUUGGUCUUGUGUUCCAGCCUCCAUCUAUUGUAAUAACGCUCAAAUGGGUCCUUAUCAAAGUACUGGUAAGAACGUUUACGAUAUUCGUAAAGAAUGUCAAGGUGAAUUGUGUUACGAUGAAAUGAAAUACAUGGACGAAUAUUUGAACUUGGAUUUCGUUAAGGAAGCCGUUGGUGCUGAAGUUGACAACUAUGAAUCGUGUAACUUCGACAUUAACAGAAACUUCUUAUUUGCAGGUGAUUGGAUGAAACCAUACCACAAGCACGUUACCGAAUUGUUGGAACAAGAUCUUCCAGUUCUAAUUUACGCAGGUGACAAGGAUUUCAUCUGUAACUGGUUGGGUAACCAAGCUUGGACCAACUUAUUGCCAUAUAAGGAUGCCGAAGAAUUUGCUAAACAACCAGUUAAGAAUUGGGUUACUUCUGUUGGUAAGAAGGCCGGUAAGGUUAAGAACUUUGACAAGUUCACCUUCCUAAGAGUAUACGGUGCUGGACACAUGGUACCAUUCGACCAACCAGAAAAUGCUUUGGAUAUGGUUAAUGACUGGGUUAACGGUAAGUUUGACUUCGAGCAUUAG